CUUAGUAACUAUUUGUGCUUAAUAAGCAAAGGCUCUUGAAGGGAUGUGGAGGAGACUGGCUCAGAUCCUGGGCCUGCUGCUCUGCACACUAGGAUGGGGCUUUGUGGGCUGCACCCUUGCAAUGGACCACUGGAGGGUGGCCCAGCUGGGGGGUCAAGGGGGCUCCUCCGUUGUGGUGACAGCGUUGUACUGGUCUGACCUGUGGAGGGACUGCUAUGAGGACUCCACCGCUCUGGUGAACUGUGUGGACUUUGGGGUGCUGUGGACAGUCAAAACAUAUAUCCAGGUAGUCAGAGGGCUCCUGAUGAGCGGGCUCUGCCUCGGCUUCAUCGGCACAGUGCUCACAUUUUUUGGAAUGGAGUGCACGCACAUCGGCAGUAACGACAGCAUGCUAAUAACAGCGUCUGCUUUCCAUCUGCUCGGCUGCGCAUCAGACGUGGCUGCUUAUUGUUUAUACAUAAACAGGGUGGUUGCGGCUUUUUUACACAGCAAAGCAGAUCCGUCAAAACUGAGCUAUGAAAUUGGAACCCCCUUAUACCUCGGCCUGGCGGGGAGUUUCCUCAUCCUACUCGGCUGUACAGUAAAGUGUGCAACUGCAUGCAGAGUUAACCACCCAAAAAGCAGACAUCCCAUGGUUCCCUUUGCCAGUGGACGAAGAGAAGAAAAAGUGCACAUCUGUCGAACGUCAAAAAGGUCAAUUGACCUCAGAAACACUCCCUACAUGAUGGCCUCUGUUGUGAAUGUGUAACAUUACAGAUUCACUUUACUGUCCCGCUCAGGAAGCAACAUAUAAUCAGUCAUAACCAGAAAAUCACAAACAGCAUACUGAGGACCAAAUGCACACUGCAAAAAAAAAAAGCAAUACAAAAUCAUACUUAUUUAUGGAGCUGUUAUGUUUUCUCUUGAUUUUAUCUUCCUACAUGAGGGUCUAAAUCAGGGAUACUCAUGUUGCUUUCCCAAGGGCAAAAUGACAGGAGGCCCAGGGACAGUCAAUAAACAAACAUGAAUAAUAUUUAUAGGUAUGUAUAAUAAAUAAAUUGCCUGUUUUCAACCUUUUAUCAUUUGCUGUACGCAUUUAUCUUUGCAAAGUCGCAGUAGCAGCAGCCCUGCACAGGUCAGGUGUACGCAGGGGCGUCUCUCAAAUUUGAGGACAUUUUUUUUAAUUAUAAAGAAGCUCUAUUUUUAUUAUUUUUUAUGCACUCUGCCACCUUCUUCACAUAGAAAUUACAAAACAAUUCACAGUGUGAACUGAUUCAUUUUCAUUGUGAAUUAAAAAAAGUUUGGCAAGCCAACCGGCACAGAGAGCUGGCUAGAUUUGGCCCACAGGCUCAAAGUUGGGCAUGUAUCUGCUUGUUUAACCUAAAAAUGGUCACAUUUGUCAUGAUACUGACUUUAAACAACAUCAGAAUAUGCUUUAAAAAUAAUACAUAUAAUUUGUCUGUAAUUGUGGAACAGAAACUUCCCAAAUUUCCAGGAACAAUACUGAGAAGCUACAGUAUAAUGGCAAGUGUGUGACGACAGUUUUUCAUUUGUACAGUGCGAUAUAAAGUAAGAAACAAUAAAAGCCAUCAAAUCAGUUUUG